AUGUGGCCUCGGCAGCCAAGGUCGUGGCUCCAGUCUUUGGCGAACGCCCUUUUCUGGCUGACCCUGCUGGGUCCCCCAGCCGGCGGCACUGCGGCGGCGGGGAGCGCCGCCUUGGCUGUGGCCUCGGCGUGGGGGGCCUCCGCCACCUCCAGCACGGUGGCCUCGAGGAGAUCGCCGUCCUACGACGACCUCUCGGCCCCCCUCUGGCUGAGCAGCCCUCUGGGCGCGGGCGACGUAGUGCAGGCGCCCGGCGAUGCCGAGGCCACGGACGAGGAGGUGCUGCUGCGGCGGGAGCUGCCCACGGCCCCGCCCGCGCGCCGUGCGCAGCUGGGCCUCGUGGGGCAGCGCGCGGACCUCCGGGGCCGCGCCGCGCAGUCCAGCGGGGCGGCGCCGGGGCCGCUGCCGGUGAUGUUCGGCGUGAGCCCGCCGCGCCUGGAGUGGCACCGCGCCCGGGCGCAGCGGCCUCUGCCCGUGCGGGGCCCCGGCACGCCCGUGGACGAGUUCGACGUCCUCCCCGAGGGCCAGCAGUUGUCGCAGACCGGGGAGGAGCUGCACGACAUGCCCGCCGCGACGGCUGCAGCGCACGGGGGGCCGACCGCCGCGGAGCCGCACCGGUUUCCCGCGCGGGUCCGGAGCCUCGCCGAGGUGCGGAUGCGAGCGCAGUGCCUGCGCUUCGCAGGGUGGGCCAAGGCGGGGGGCGCACAGGGCGGGCGCCUGGCGGACCUCUGGCGGGGCACUUGCGCUCCCGCCGUGGCUGCGGGCUCCGCGAGCACGCGGUAUGCGGCGAUGUGCAGGGCGUUGGACAGCGCGGCCGCGGGAUUCUCCUCGCGCCCUGGCUGGACACCCGAGGAGGCCUGCGACGCCGUGCUUCGCGUCUUCCGCGAGUCGGGCGUGGGCGACCCCGCAGGGGCGUGA